CGCAUCAGGUAAACAAUGCUACCCACAUGGUUAACCGAGGAGUAUUUGCAGCCCAGGCUGAGGGCUUACUGCAAGGACGAUCAGUUGAAAGUUCUCAAGAUCUGGGCCAAGCCGGCGACUGGUAAAGGUGAAAACUUUGUGGGCGUUAUGACCCGUAUCUAUGUGGACUACCAGCUGGGCGAUGGAUUGGUUGAGAAGAAAACGUUCAUCGUCAAGCAAGCACUGCCAGAGGAUGUGCCCCAGGCAGAGGUAUUUUUCGAGUACGAUCUCUACACCCGGGAGAUGGACAUGUAUGAGUUCAUCCUUCCCAAGUUGAAGGAACUGCUGCAAGAGGCUGGCCUGGAUGGAAAGAUGACUGCAGAUGCCAUAGCCGUGGACCGCGAGUUCAGCACUAUGAUUCUGGAGGAUCUUGCUCCAUACAAGUUUGUGAAUGCCGAUCGAGUUAGCCAGCUGGAUCUGGCUCACAGCAAACUGACUCUAGAAAUGUUGGCCAAGUUCCAUGCCGCUUCCAUAAUCCUGCAAGAACGCCAUCCGGAACUGCUGACCAACUGCUUUUUCACCCACUUCUUUUCGCGGGAUAAAACGGCGUAUAAGGAAGUCUUCACGGGGUUGUUUAGGGCUUUCCUGAGGUUCAUAAAUGGCCAACCAAACUUAAAGCAAAGCUAUGGCGAAAAGCUGGAGAAAUUGCGUACCCACAUCAUGGAGUAUGGGGCUCGGGCCUACGAUGUGGGGGAGAGUGAUUUAAAGACAUUGAACCACGGGGAUUGCUGGACCACCAACAUCAUGUUCCAGUACGACGAUGCAGGGAAACCCCAGACAGUGGUGGCCAUAGACUUUCAAUUCAGUAACUGCACCUCCCCAACGAUCGACUUGCACUACUUCUUCACCACUUCUCUAAAGGAAGAAGUCAGGGACAAGGAAUCGGAACUUGUUGAGCAUCAUUUCAACGCCUUAAAAGCGAACCUGGAAAAGUUUUCGUACAAGGGCCCAUUUCCCACGUUGCAGGAGUAUCAGCUCCAGUUCGAACGACGUCGGUUCAUGAGUCUGAUGGCUCACAUGUUCAAGCCUUGUAUGAUUUACAAUGGCACCGAAGGGACAUCGGACUUCUCAAGUCUUUAUAAGGAUACUGAGGAAGGACUGAGAUAUCAGACAUCCGUUUAUGCCAGUGAAGCUGUGAUCAGAAGUGCUACCAAACUAUUAGCUAUACUCGACAGCAAGGGCCUUUUGGAUCUUCAGUAGGUUAUUACAACUUAUUCAUAAGUAAUUCUGCAAUAUAAAGAACAACAAAAAUACAUACUAAUAUAAAA